CCGCGCAGCGCGCGCAGCCUCCGGAGCCCGUGGCCGUGAGGUAAAUAUGACGCAGGGGUGACGCAGGCGUUCCUGAUUCCGAGGUGCUGCCCCUGCCGCGCUUGCAAGCCGUGGUUGCUUGGGCCCUUGUCAUCAGGCCCGGGCCAUCUCCAGGCCUUCACCACUUAUCUCCCAGUGCCUGCCGCGCCUGCCAUGGACGACUACGCGGUUCUGUCGGACUCCGAGCUGGCAGCAGUGCUGCGCCAAUACAACAUCCCGCAUGGGCCUGUCGUGGGUUCUACUCGUAAGCUUUACGAAAAGAAAAUCUUCGAGUACGAGACCCAGAGGCGGAGGCUCUCACCACCCAACUCAUCUUCAUUCUCCUAUCGGUUCUCGGACUCUGAUUCAGCGUCCAAAGACUCGGAUAUGUAUGAUCUGCCCAAGAAAGAGGACGCCUUACUGUACCAGAGCAAGGGUUAUAAUGAUGACUACUACGAGGAGAGUUAUUUGACCACCAAGACUUAUGGAGAACCUGAAUCUGUGGGCAUGUCCAAGGGCUUCCGCCCCACCACUUCACUCUCUGAUACUGACACCUUACACCACCAGGUGCGCGAUGACAUGUUCUCUCUUUCGGAAGAGGAGGGCAAGGAUAGGGAACGCCCCGUGUAUGGCCGGGACAGUGCCUACCAGAGCAUCUCACACUACCGCCCCAUUUCCAAUGUCUCCAGGAGCUCCCUGGGCUUGUCCUAUUAUCCCACAUCCUCCACCCCUCCUGUAUCCUCAUCUUCCUCUUCCUCUUCAUGGCUCACCCGACGUGCCAUCCGGCCAGAAAAGCAGGCUCCUGUGGCUGGUCUUGGGCAGGAUCGCCAGGUCCCUCUGUGGGGCCAGCUGUUGCUUUUCCUGGUCUUUGCAGCCUUCCUGCUCUUUGUUUACUAUAACAUGCAGGCUGAGGAAGGCAACCCCUUUUGGAUGGAUCCCUGAGGGGAUUGGCUUCAGAGCCAGUUCCCCUCAGAUAUCCUGACUGACUGCCUUAGCAGUGUUUUCUGGGGGUGGGGGGGGGUGGGGGCUUUUCUGUGUGUUCUCGCUUGGGGGUGCCGGGCCUAGCCCAGGGAAGUGCUCCCCUCAACACACACUUCAUCCUGCCAGGGAAGCAACACACUUAGGCCUUCCAUGGCCAGGUGGGCCUGGGUGUACCUUCCCCUGAGCCUCCUAGCACUGCUUGCCUCUAACCCUUAGGGCCCAAGAGGGCAAGACCUUACUCCUUUAGAGGAGAACAUAGUUGUUGUUGUUGUUGUUGUGUUGAUGAUGUUGUCAUGCAUGCCUUUUGUUUGUUGUUACUUUGUUGUGGGGGUGCCUUCUGUUGUUGUUACUUUGUGUGGGGGGUGGGGAGGGUGAUAACCAAAGGCCUGACUUUGUUUUCAUGGACACACAAUAAAAAAGAAAACGUUUAUUUUUAA